AUGGAUUCCGACGAGAUCAUGGGCUUCCAGCCCCCACAGCCAGAUAAAUCAGAGGAUUUGGAUGAAAAGUACCCCAACAGACCUCACAAUCGAGGUCCAACACUUCCAUUCCACGACCUUUACCUCAGUCUCUUCAACCCACUCAAUGAAAUCAAGAAAAAGCCAACAGGCCCAGCUCCGGCCCAUCGGGGACUCGGAACACACGGCAAAAGUGCCACGGGGCUCAACCCAUACGAACGUCGGCGCGAUGUCAUCGAACGCUUCAUUUCACGAUGGCGCAAAGACGUCGGUGAUGACAUUUACCCAGCUCUUCGCCUAAUUCUUCCUGACAAAGAUCGCGACCGACCAAUGUACGGAAUAAAAGAGAAGAUAAUUGGAAAGAUGCUCGUCAAAAUCAUGAAGAUCACCAAAGAAUCAGAAGAUGGUUAUAACCUCAUGAACUGGAAACUCCCCGGCCAAGGAGCAACAGCACGCAUGGCAGGCGACUUUGCCGGGCGCUGUUUUGAUAUUCUCUCGAAGCGGCCUAUGCGGACCGAGCCGGGUAAUAUGACUAUCGAUGAGGUUAAUGAGAAGCUGGAUAAGCUGUCUGCUGCGUCGAAGGAAGACGAGCAGUUACCUAUCCUGAAAGAGUUUUAUCUGCGUAUGAAUCCUGAAGAGCUUUUGUGGCUUAUUCGGAUUAUCCUUCGGCAGAUGAAGGUUGGUGCUACUGAACGGACGCUGUUCAAUGUCUGGCAUCCCGAUGCGGAGAGUCUAUUCAGUAUCUCGAGUAGUCUGCGUCGGGUAUGUUGGGAGCUUCAUGAUCCUAAGAUUCGGCUUGAGGGGGAGGAGCGUGGAAUUGCUGUUAUGCAAUGUUUCCAGCCUCAGCUUGCGCAGUUCCAGAUGCAUUCGUUUGAGAAAAUGAUUUCUCGGAUGAAGCCUACAGAGGAGGAUAAUGUUUUCUAUAUUGAGGAGAAGUUGGAUGGAGAACGGAUGCAACUGCACAUGACGCCCGACGACUCAGUGGAGGGAGGACGGAGAUUCGGCUUUUGGUCUCGCAAAGCCAAAGAAUACACCUAUCUCUAUGGGAAUGGCAUCUAUGACGAAAAUGGUGCUUUGACAAGGCAUCUUAAGGAUGCUUUUGUGGAUGGUGUGCAGAGUAUCAUCCUCGACGGCGAGAUGAUCACUUGGAAUCCCGAACAAGAUGCCAUUGUCCCAUUCGGCACUCUCAAAACCGCAGCAUUGGCAGAACAGCGCAACCCCUUCUCCAAUGGUCCUCGGCCAGUGUUUCGCAUUUUUGAUAUCCUUUAUCUCAAUGGGCGAGAUCUAACGAAAUACACACUUCGCGAUCGUCGGAAUGCAUUACAGAAGACCGUCCGAUCUGUCCACCGCCGUUUUGAAAUACAUCCCUAUCAAGAAGCGACUACAACUGCAGAGAUCGAAACAGCGCUGCGAACCGUCGUUGCGGAGGCAUCGGAAGGUCUCGUUCUAAAGAACCCUCGCUCUCCAUACCGGCUCAACGAGCGCCACGAUGACUGGAUGAAGGUCAAGCCAGAAUACAUGACUGAAUUUGGAGAAUCACUCGAUGUGGUUGUAAUUGGCGGAUACUACGGCUCGGGCCAUCGUGGAGGCGCCCUAUCCAGCUUCCUCUGCGGACUACGAGUAGAUGAAACUGCCGUUGGAUCAGAACCAGAAUCCAUGAGAUGCUGGUCCUUCUGCAAAGUUGGUGGUGGAUUUACCGCAGCUGAUUAUCAAGAACUCCGUCACCAUACAGACGGCAAAUGGAAAGAAUGGGAUGUGAAAAAGCCACCGACUGAGUAUAUCGAAUUGGCUGGCGGGGACGCCCAGAUCGAACGUCCUGACAUGUGGAUCAAGCCCUCCGACUCUAUUGUGCUGUGCGUGAAAGCUGCGUCUGUGGCAGUUAGUCCGACAUUCCGCAUGGGAUUGACAUUGCGUUUCCCUCGCUUCAAGAAAUUGCGGAAGGAUAAGGAUUGGAAGAGUGCUCUUUCUGUUCAGGGAUUCCUUGAUCUCAAGUCUAAUGCAGAGCAAGAACAUAAGGAGAAAGAGUUCUCUGUGGACAAUUCUCGGAGGAAGCGAGUGAAGAGAACUACUAAGAAGCCGAUGACUGUUGCAGGACAUGAUGAGAAGGUUAACUUGCAGGACCUUGGUCCUUCUGGGCAUGUGUUUGAUGGACUCAAUUUCUUCAUCAUGAGCGAGUCAACUGUCCCGGAAAAGAAGACAAAGCCUCAGCUGGAACAACUCGUGAAAGCUAAUGGUGGCAAGAUCUAUCAGACCAAGGCAGCCGCGGCAGAUAUGAUCUGUGUCGCCGAACGAAGAACCGUCAAAGUAGCUUCCUUACAAAAGAGUGGAGAUCAAAACAUCAUUCGACCAUCCUGGCUUCUAGAUUGUGUCAAGCAAAAUGAGAGAGAUGCAGGCUUGCCCGACUUCCUCUUGCCAUUAGAGCCCAGACACAUGUUCUUCACAAUGAAAGACCAGGAAGCAGAGAUCGCAACAAACGUCGACAAAUACAUGGACAGCUAUGCCCGCGAUACAAGUGUCGAUGAGCUAAGAGAGAUCUUUAGCCAAAUGAAUAAAACCCAAGACGAACCCAACGGCUCGCUCGAUCAAACCACCAUCCAAAGAAUUGAAUCCCAGAUCCAAGAUAAAAUAAAUGCGGGCUACACAGCACCGCGCGGCUGGCUCUUCCGAGACCUCAACCUUUUCUUUUACACUCAACCCAACGAAGACAGCGGCGAGAAAGAGAAAAGAAAAGAAGACCUUCGUAUAUGCCUCGCUCAGAAUACAGCCCGAUUUGCAGGUGCUGGAAGUGCCGCUUCAUUAAAGGAUUCGGGAAUAACGCAUGUUGUGGUUGACACCAAGUCUUCACUCUCAGUAGAUGUCUCUUCCAUUCGGAAGUCCCUGGCUGAGAGUCUAGGUAAGAAACUACCGCAUGUUGUCAGUGUUGAGUGGGUUGAGGAGUGUUGGAAGAAUGGGACUUUGUUGGAUGAAGAGAGUAAGUUUGACCACCCUUUUCUUCUUGUUUAUCUCUUACCCAAGAGGUGCUCCAAGUAA